AUGGCGAGCUCAAAGGCAAAGCGACAUCAUUACCCCUCAUUUUACUUGCUCACGGUCCUUUCGCCCUCCCUGGCCCAGGCCCUGGCUAAGGCGGGGGUCUCGGCGCCAGCAGGUCACCCUGCUCCGGAGCGGUUGUCCAGACUGGGUCCUCCCGCCAGGGCCCUGGCCCGGCUCCGGGGGCGGGUCUCUGCUAGCUACGCCCUCAGGGCCAGGUCCCCAGACCCCGCCAAGCCGGCAUCCUGGAAAGAUCAAGGGGCCCGGGAUCCAGCCGGCCCUCAGGCUCCUCAGGCAGCGCAGGGCUCCAACGGCAGCCUGGUUGAUCACGCGCUCCUGGGCCCUCCUGCGCCUGCGCGAGAGCGGCGCGCGGGAGAGAGGGACGGCGCAUGCCCAGACUCCCGGCGCCCGGCCGGCCAUGUGCGUCCUGGGAACGGCUUCUCGGCAUCUCUAGCGAGGGCUGCUCCUCCGGUGAGGGCUGCUCCUCCGGUGAGGGCUGCUCCUCCGGUGAGGGCUGCUCCUCCGGUGAGGGCUGCUCCUCCGGUGAGGGCUGCUCCUCCGGUGAGGGCUGCUCCACACCUCCGUUUGUUAUCUUCUCCCUCCUGGGGUGUUUUUCAUACGGACAUCCGCUGCAGAGCAACUAGAAUCUCUGAGGAAAAGCCCGUCUUUCACCUGCUCUCUUCUCAAAGAAUAAUUUUGGCCGCAAACAUAUUGGAAAAGAUAAAAGCACAGGGCAUUGUUGAUAGAUCUCCGGGCAGCUCUUCCCCUGCAGAAGCUGAUGAAAACUGGUGCCCAAUAAUUAUGCUUGUAAGAAGGCUGUCCUAAGCGAGAAGCACGAUGCUACAGUCUGCUGCAGGGGCCUGUGUUCAUACUCUGAAUGAGGAUGAGGAGAAGGGAGCUGUCUGUGGUCCCUCCACGUGAAGACCAGAGGAAGAUGUGGAGGCCACGUGCAGAGUGCCUUCAGAAACGCGGUGCCAGCUGUCACAAGUUUCUGGAGGAAGGCAAAGAUCAUCAUCACUGCGAAAUUGCUCUGAAGAACAGAAAAAUGAGGAGGAAGAAAAUGAGACAGAGUGCGGUGUGGCCAGAAUUCUGCUCAAAACCACGCAGGCCCUAAGCAGCAGACACAGACAGUCUGGACCCAGAGUUGAUGAUCGUAAGAAAAAUGCCGUGCUUCCUUACUGAAAGUAAAUCCCAUUUCGUACUCACCAAGAACACAAACCGUAUCCUGGCACAAAAUUCCAUGGACUGAGAGUUAUUCUCAUCAGGGUUAGCUCGUUCACAGUUGUUUAUGUUAAUAUACGGCACCUGAGUCUUAAUAAGGUUCAGAUUCUCCAUUUUAAAAAAGUGGGAAAUUGUCAUAUUAAAUAUGUCCAUGAUCAAAAAAAUUAUUCCAGAAAUAGCAGCAAAGAGGCUCAAAGAGUUCAUUAUUAGUCUUCCUGUGAGCUGAAAUAAGAGACACAGAUACUUAUUAAUUAAGUCUAAUUUCCAAUUGGACAAUAUAAGCUAGGACAGAGUUCCAGAUCUUAUUUUCCUGACUCAUAAAGGUACUACAUCUAAAUCCUGCUAAGUCCUGUUUCUCUUGGCUGUUUUAGCAUCUUUGUCACUGUAAAAUAAACACCUUCCUGUCUGCA